AUGAUGGAUCGGAACAAGCGCAACUCCAUUGCUGGCUUCCCCUCCAUGAGGCCAGACCGUCUUGAUGACCUGGAUGGUGGAGGUGGAGGGGAAUGGGCUCUGUCUCAGGUGGGAAGAGUGUGCCCCUCGUCCUACCGCGCCCUCAUCAGUGCCUUCUCCUGCCUGACGCGUCUUGAUGACUUCAUCUGCGAGUGGAUUGGCUCCGGCUUCUUCUCAGAGGUCUACAAGGUGGGUCUACGUUAUGAUUGACCUGAAAUGCAAUAGUUCUUUAUGGUAGGUAGGUGGUACUGGUAGGUACUAGGUAAAUAGUAGAUUGUCUGAGGACCAUUCAUUCAUAUCAACAUAUGGUUUAGGCUAGGCUAGCAGAAAGCUGUAAAGCAAUGGUGUGUCAUCACCAGGAUGAUUUAGAACGCUAUGAUCUCAUACACUGAGUUGUGGAGAUAUCUCUCAGCCCUCAUUCUAUUAUUAAACCUCAGUGUGUGGUAUAGAAUACAGUUAGCUAACACAUUGAGCGAGUGACACUGGGAGCAUGAGGGGGAGACGAGAGACAGCAACCAACUAAUAGCUGCCAUAGCUAGGUUAUUUAUCAUCAAAUAGGAUUACGUAGUACCUGUCUUGACUGCAUCAAACUGGGAGAACCUAGUUAAGCUAGCUAAUGUUUGGGUAUGUACAGGCCCUUCCGGAUAAGUCAGUUAAAAUGACACAUACCUGUGACAAUCAGAUCUGACCCAGAUUGGGUCUCGGGUAUUCGGGUACAGGUGGAUCCGUGAACACCUCUAGCCGCUUCCUAUUACAUUGAUCUAGCCUAUUCUCUCACAAUCGACUGAUUUGGGACGGGCGGAAUGCCCUUCUAUAUUUUCAUGUCGUAAUCAGAGCGACAUGGAAAUAUAGAAGGGCUUUUCGCACUGAAGAGGUUUAUGAUAGUGAUUAGACGUUAGGCUACAAUGGCUGUCUAAGUGCUAUAUUGUCAAUUACACUAAGUCAGCCUGACAUGGUUGGUACUUGUACAUAGAUUGCUGUUGAGGUUAGAUGUUCAAGUCCUUUGCUGACAUUUUGAGGUCAUGUUAGCUACGUUCACUUUUGGUGUAACCCACAUUGUAAUUUCCUACAUCCGGUCUCAGCGCUCAUUAAAGUUAUUUUCAUUUUUACUUUCAAUGAGGGACUUUCAAUUAGUUAUAGGCUAUUGACUUCAGCUUCACCUACUGAAAAGUCAGGGUAUUCUUUUUUGAUGUUGUCACAACCACCACAAUAAUGUCAGCACUUUCUAUCUCAUGCCUCCGUCUUAGUCAUACUAUUUCCAUUCCAUCUGUAUGUAUGAGUCAUGCAUACAGAUAGAAUGGAAAUAGAAUUCAGAGCAGUUCUUGGAUCAAGCAUGAAACUAUCCGAAUUACAGAAAGGAGUAGAAGUGUUGCUAUGUCUGGAGCCGUGAUGUACAGUAAUCUAAUGCCUGCUUCAGAGCAUGGCCAUAGUGGUCUGCCUUGGAAAUGCUCAUUGGAUUCAAAGGGUUAAUGCAUAGCACCCAAUGCUGACUUGGUGGGGGAAGGGCAACGUGUAGGGUCCUGCCCCAGUCUGUCUGAGGGGAAGUCAUCACACCAUGUAUUUUAGGGAGGGAAUGCCCAUCUAACCUGAACAUGACUGGGGCCUUCUGCCCUACAAAUAGUCCUUGUUGAACAAACCCUAAAGAAAAAGCUUCCUUUAUUUAAACACAUUCUUUUAAAGGUGCUGUUUAAUCCUUAGGGCCAUGAUAUUGUUAUAUUGCAGCUGAUUCCAGUCUUUUUCACUCGAGAUUCAAUGCAGACAAGAACUAUGGCUCAAGUCAAAAUGAUGACUUCAGCUUUAUUAGUACAAUAUUUACCCUCGUUGCUUGUCAAUUGUUUGUCGUCUCACUGACACCACACUUGCAUCUGUAAAUGCUUAACGGACCCAAAUAUUUACUGUGUAAUGAGAGUUCCAUAUUUGUCCAAGCAAGGGGACGAAAGAUCUACAUUACGUUUUCUUUUUUUAAAUCAUGAAAUCAAUGGAAUUAUCUGUUUGUCUUAGACUGUGUGUCCUGUCUACAGGGCUAGGUAUUGAGGAGGCUAGCUGGAUUGAUGAAACAGAUUGGAGGUGCAGGGUCUUGCUGGGGCAGCAUUAUGGGUCUUUGUUUGAGCCAGGCUGUUCUCGCUCUCUCUCCUGGUGGGCAGAGGGUGGGAGUGGGGGAGGUGGUCUAGAGGAGGCCAUCUGCUCCUCUCCUACAGGGAAGAGGAAGACUAGCUGCACCUUUGUACUUGAACUUCAAGAGUGGCUAAAGAACCACUAUAAACUGGAGACUCAUCCAAGUGCUAUAUAAGACUAGAUUGGUCUGCUUCCCUUUUCUGUACCUCAAACUUCCUUUUAUCUCCGCUCUCCAACAACGUUGAUAAACCCCUCAUAUCGAUCUGAAAAGGAUCAUAGAGAGAUUGAGACAAGGACAGCAAAUGAAACCUAUAAACUAGCUAUAUAACCAGAUAUGCAUUGUAUCUGUUACUGUACUCGCAGACCGACCUGAGAGACUUAGUAUCUUCUUAGUCACUGGUUUCAGUGUCUUAAUAUUUCAGCUGGAGGAAGUGUGCAGUAGCAGAUACAGCUUAUUUUCUCACCCUGACUCAUAACUUCCUGUGUUUUUUAUGGCCCUGAGAAAGCAAAUAAAUCUGAUCUUAGGGAAGUACAGAGUUUGUUCUGUAUUGUUGUAGUUGUUAGGACAGUAUUCUGCCUUCUCUGCCAAUAAAAGGGGUACAUUUUAGGUAGUUGUGAUAGGGUAACACCUAGGUUACACAUUACAACAUUCAUAGUCUUGACCUCAGCUCAGUAUUCUUUCAAGUGCACCACUGUGUGGAUGACAGACAGCCACUCAUCUUUGAUCACAACAGAGAACAUGCUGCAAGGAAGGCCAGUGACUGACCUAAUUCAAAGUAGAAAUAGAUUAGGUUGACUCCCCAUUGUUAUGGUUCUGGAUUUGGAAUGACAUUCAUUUUGCUGCAGAAAUAGAGCAAACCAUUCUCCACGAUCUUGGAAUAACGAUAAUGUUUAGGGAAAAGUGUCCCCAUGAUAAGGGAAUAUUGAUAAGGGAACGUUAGUGUUAAAGAGAAGCGUUCAGAUAAUGCCUAAAUGACCGGAUUGUUGUGUUCGUUGCAGGUACGCCACAGAGUGUCGGGCCAGGUGAUGGCUCUGAAGAUGAACAAACUGAGCAGUAACCGAGCCAACAUGCUGAGAGAGGUCCAACUGAUGAACAGACUGUCCCAUCCCAAUAUCCUC